AUGUUUACAGCGUCAAGAACGUUGCAGAAUGAAUUGUCGCAGACUCGAGCCUUGCCACGAAUAUUAAGGAAAGCAUACUUUUCUUCCAAAGCCCCGAUCACAAAAGACCUCCUCAGAUCGAGAAUCUUACCAUGGUCGAAACGUACCACCUCUCCUGCACAUCGAGCGUCGCUCUUUGAUUCUGCCGCUCCGACAUCGAGGGGAAUAGCAUCCAAUACAGUCGCCAACCAGAAAAGCGAGUCUGGGCUAGUUGGUGAGCUACCCCAUCGACGGAGACAGCGGUUAAAAGCUGAAACCCAACAUGCGCAAAAUGAUGGACAAAACAUCUCCGCGGAGACUGCCAUACGACCAGACGCAUCCUCACGCCUCUCGACUCUCUCAUCGACACUACCUAAAAGCUCUUUGCGACGAAAGUUAGCAUCGUAUCUAGCUCUCACAAAGCCCCAGCUAUCAUUCCUCGUCGUCCUCACCGCUACUACCGGGUUUGGAUUGUAUCCCAUGCCCACUCUCCUCACCCUCGAUCCUUCCAUCGCUCCGCUUCCCACCUUGUCCACGUCAACGUUGACAUGUCUAUACCUUACGGUGGGCACCUUUCUCUCCUCUGCGAGCGCCAAUACUCUCAACAUGCUUUUUGAGCCCAAGUAUGACGCCCAAAUGUCCCGUACACGCAAUCGACCGCUUGUCCGCAAGCUCGUUACUUCCCGCGCUGCUUGGCUCUUUGCAAUUGGCACUGCUACAGCUGGUAUCACCGCUCUAUAUUUCGGCACAAACCCCACCGUUGCAGCUCUAUCCGCUUUCAAUAUAGCAUUGUACGCUUUCGUGUAUACUCCCAUGAAACGAAUGUCGGUGCUCAAUACUUGGGUUGGCGCAAUUGUUGGCGGAAUCCCCCCGUUAAUGGGUUGGGCGGCUGCAGCGGGUCAAACGGCGACAACGGGACACGAUACUUGGAGGGAUCUUUUGUUGGGACCAGACAGUAUCGGUGGGUGGCUUCUUGCUGGAGUUCUCUUCGCGUGGCAAUUUCCCCAUUUCAAUGCCCUUUCCCACACGAUUAGAGAAGAAUACAAGAAUGCUGGGUACAAGAUGCUUGCGUGGACGAACCCGGCACGAAAUGGCCGUGUUGCCCUCCGAUAUUCAAUCCUCAUGUUCCCUCUUUGCGCUGGGCUCUGGUGGGUCGGCGUCGUGAACAAAGGGUUUUUAAUUGGUGGGACACUGGUUAAUUUCUGGCUCACCAAGGAAGCAUAUAGAUUCUGGAAAUUGCAAGGUGCGAAAGGGACGGCACGAGGCUUGUUUUGGGCUAGCGUGUGGCACUUGCCCCUGCUGAUGGCGGGGACAUUAGUUGCAAAGAAGGGUGUAUGGGAUGGGGUUUGGAACAGAGCCAUGGGAAUUGCAGGUGAUGAGGAUGAAGACGAGGACUUCGUCGAAACCGAGGACACUCAUGUCUCUACUCACAUGAGCCAACCUGCAAAGCCUCUUGUUUGA